UCCUUUAGAAUUUGGAGUGGUUAAUGAUAUCUGAUCCUUAUUUCCCUUUUGAUUUGAGAAUUCUGAGUUGGUUAUUUGUGAGGACAGAUAUAAAGAAUUGUUCAUAAAAAGAAUUUGAGUUGAAAAUUUGAUGAGUUAUUCUGCUUAUCUUUUGGGUUCAAGAAUUAUAUUCACAAGUUCAAAUGAGUAUGGGGUUGUUGCAAAUCCUCUUUUUCUCUUUUCUUUUUUUGCUCCUCCACGAAUACAAUCUGUUUAUUGGAAUCAAUACGUAUCUUUUAUUCGAUAACAUAUAUUUUUUCUUCUUUAACCUUUGCAGCGAUACCACCCCUACUCUUGUGUACCAGCCAUUUGCAUUUUUAAAACUUGCAAUUCUCGCAUGCCAUGAAGCAAAACUGACUACCAGAAAAAGGAACCUAUUUGGAUAUGUCCUAUUUUUCAUAAGCUUUCUUCUUGUUUUAGUUUUGGAUUUGGCUACAUCAGGAGGAGGAGGCCUUGGAACUUUUAUUCGAAUUUGCGUCAUUAGUGGUUUAUUUGGAGUUGCAGAUGCUCAUGUGCAGGGUGGAAUGAUUGGAGACCUCUCCUACAUGCAACCUGAAUAUCUGCAGUCAUUCCUUGCUGAUGUGGCAGCAUCAGGGACUCUAACCUCUGUUUUGAGGUUAAUUACAAAAGCAGCAUUUGAGAAUUCUAAGAAUGGUCUUCGAAAGGGAGCUAUUCUAUUUUUUGCCAUCUCUGCUUUUUUUGAGCUUCUUUGUGUUAUUCUAUAUGCUUAUGCCGUCCCAAAAUUACCCAUUGUGAAGUACUACCGCACAAAGGCAGCCUCAGAAGGUUCAAAAACUGUUUCAGCUGAUCUUGCUGCUGGUGGAAUUAGAGCAUUACCACAAAGAGAAGUUGAGGAAGAUCCAGAACAAUUGGAGCGGCUAAGCAACAAAGAGUUGUUACAACGGAGCGUUGACUACGCAUUUGACUUGUUUCUGAUAUAUGUUCUCACAUUGUCCAUUUUCCCUGGAUUCUUAUCUGAAGAUACUGGAUCACAUAGUUUGGGUUCAUGGUAUGCCCUGGUUUUGAUAGCAAUGUAUAAUGUGUGGGAUUUUAUUGGGAGAAACAUUCAUCUCAUCGAAUCAUUAAAGCUGGAGUCACGAAAAGUUCUAAUGUUAGCCAUUCUCUCUCGUUUCUUACUCAUUCCAGCAUUCUAUUUCACUGUCAAGUAUGCAGACCAGGGCUGGAUGAUAAUGCUAACAUCCUUGUUAGGAUUAACCCAUGGCUAUCUCACUGUCUGUGUCCUUACUUCUGCACCAAAAGGUUAAAAGGUUCGUUUACUAUAGAGAGAAUAUACAAAAUCAGUAUUGUAGUAACAUUUGAAUAAGAUUAAUUGAAAUUUAUUUUACGUCUGCAUAGGGACCAGAUCAAAAUGCACUGGGAAAUUUGCUAACCUUGUGUUUUCUUGGUGGGAUAUUUGCUGGGGUUACACUUGACUGGUUGUGGCUGAUAGGCAAAGGACGGUGACUUUCUUAGGAGAAAAAUAUUCUGUCUGUUUACAAUAUUGUAAUUUGUGAAUGAAGUUGGUGGAAUAAUUGAUAAAAUGAAUCCGUUGUACAGUACUCCUCGGGAAAUCACAAAGAAUCAGUAGAUUGCUUUCAUCUUAUCUUGUGUAAAAUCUAGGUCAGAGGUAUCAAAACUUUUAGCUUUUUUUAUGGGAUUUAAUGCACACUAAUUGAAAAUUGAUUUUGUCUAAAUCACAUGCUUCAAAGUUCUAAAAUGGCCGAUUAGCAGAAUUCCAAUGAAGACGACGAGCUUGGAAUGGCACCCACCCGUCCUUGUCCCACAGGAUACUGAGGUCGAGACGGAGGGGAGAUUUAUUUGU